AUGGCUUUGGCGACUUUACAGGCAUGGGGUACGGGCGCGGAGGCAGGCUGGGAGUUGCGCUUCUUACGCUUCUUCUUGUUGAGGAUUUUAGUUAAGUCGCUGUCGUUGGAGUCGGGGUUGCCCUCUGCGAGUCGAGAUCGUCCUCGUGAUUGCAUGGGCUGUAGGAUUGUAGGUGCAGCCGGUCUGAUUGGUAUUGGCGCUUACCUUGCGAAUGUUGCAUGGAAAAACAAAACCUUUGUAGGAAGAAUAACAUUCUCUACUAUAUCACUUGCUUUCGUCACUUUAGGUGUUCAAAGGUAUAAACAAGAAUUUCCGUUUGAGAAGAGGACAGAGAAAUCA